ACGUGUGUUCCUACUCGCCUCGGCCGCUUAAGGGAGGGAGUACCCAUGUUGGUUUCGGGAAGUAGCGGUUUGUUGUCGCACAUUGUUUUUGAGAAUCCGAGUGAGUGGGUGCCGAGGGGGGGGAAAUACGUUUACAAGAUAAUGAAGUCUUAUCGUCUGUUCAUCUUACCGUGAUAGGUUUUUAAGUGACACAUUCAAGAGCACCUCGUUAAAUGUGAUCUGGCUGCCCCACUAUGUCUAGAACUGGGUGGUUCAAGCGUUCAAAGCCAGGGUUAUUUCCAGGCCUGAGUGAGUCGCCUCAGUGUCAAGGUAUCCACGUUUACCUUUUCUGGACUAAGGAAGGGGAAAGAUAUUUGUCACACACAGAUGGAAAAGUCACAGCAGAGGAACUGUGCAUAUCAGCUGCAGAGGCUGUAGGGAUAACACCUCUGUGCCAUGCAUUGUUUGCGCUGUACAAUCCACUGUUGCGCUGUUGGUACAGUCCAAACCACAUUUUCGCUCCUGAGGAGAACUCCAGCCUCGUACUUCAUUACUGUAUGAGGUUUUACUUUCGAAAUUGGCAUGGACUAAACGAGAAAGAGCCAACUGUAUGCCGUUAUCCUGUCAGAUCAGGAACAGAUCAGACUGGUUCCCCUCUGCUUGAAAUUGCAUCAUUGGAGUAUUUAUUCUCUCAGGCUAAAUAUGAAUUUGUGAAUGAAGUAAUACAGAUGGAAGAGGUUCAGUCAGAGGAGGAGCUGAAUCGCUUCAAAAAUGAGAGCUUGGGGAUGGCUGUGCUUCACCUCUCGCAUCAGGCAGUUCAAACAUGCUGUAGCUUACAAGAGGUUGCUGAAAAAAUCAGCUUCCAACGCUGCAUUCCAAGGUCUUUUGCCAAACACAUUUCCAAAGAUAGCUUCCUGACCAAAAUCAGAAUCCGACGGGUGUUUGCAGACUUUGUACGGACCUUCCAGCAGCACACUGUGGAUAAGGGGCGGUUGGGUGCCCAGGAGAUCAUGUACAAGUACAUCUCUACUCUUGAACACUUGGCACCACGUUUUGGCACAGAGACCUUUCCUGUUUCCCAUCUGGAACUGAGAGAGGAUGGGGAUGGAAGUAGCUCUUAUUCCAACACCACCCAUGCGCAGAGUGACUCAAAAGACGACUUCAAAGCUUCUGCCACACAUGAAAUAAUGGUAUCUGGCACCCAGGGUAUUCAGUGGAGGAAUGUGUCAAAUCAGAAGGCACCAGCAAACACUUACUUCAGGAAUGACUACUUCAGUUACACAAGGAAAACAAAACAACUGUCCACCCAACUGAAUGCAAACACUCCCAGUAAAUGGACUUCCUUUUGUGAUUUCCCUGAAAUAACUCACAUAGCAAUCAGUGGAGCUAAUGUGUGCAUUAGCACUCAGGACAAUCACUACAUGGAGGUUGAGAUGAUCUCCAGCCAGGAGGCCCGUUCGUUCAUCUGCCUCCUAGAUGGAUACUACCGGCUGACUGCAGACGCCCACCACUAUCUUUGUCAUGAAGUAGCUCCCCCUAGGGUAGUGCUGAGUGAAGCAAAUGGACUGCAUGGACCUAUGCAUGAUGAAUUUGUGCUACUGAAGCUGAAAAAGGAAGCAGUGGACGAGGGAGCUUUUCUUGUACGUUGGAGUGCGCUCGACUAUCAUCGCAUCAUCCUAGCUGUGCUAAACAAAAAUGAGAUCGGGUCAACACCAAGCCACAAGCAGUUUCGGAUUCAGCACAAGGGUUCGAUGUUCUGUCUGGAGGGCUGGGACCGGGAAUUCUCAAGUGUGAAGGAGCUCACAGACAGCCUCAAGACCUUUGUACUCAAGUCUGGAUCAGACAGCUUUACGGUCAAAAAAUGCUGUUUGCCAAGACAAGGAGAGCUAUCCAACCUUCUGGUGAUGAGGCAAGGUGUAGAUCACCGUCCUCGUACUAACUCCUUAUCCCUGAACAUGUCCCAGCUACGCUUCCACCAGAUUAAGGACAGAGAGAUCAAACAGGAACAACAUUUGGGCCGUGGGACCAGAACUAACAUCUACUCAGGACGUCUGCUGGUGCGGGGAGUAGGAGAGGAUGAUGACGACGACGAGUUCAAUAACAACUUCGCUGACCGCAAAGGAAUCCGGGUGGUUCUCAAGAUACUAGACCAAAGCCAUAAAGAUGUCACACUAGCAUUUUUUGAAACUGCAAGUCUCAUGAGCCAGGUAUCCCACAGCCACCUGGUGUUUGUACAUGGUGUUUCUGUCAAAGGAUCCGAAAACAUCAUGGUGGAGGAAUUUGUGGAGUUCGGGCCUUUAGAUGUUUUCCUUCGCAAAGAAAAAGCAUCUGUGACUCCUCAGUGGAAAUUUAUUGUUGCAAAACAGCUUGCCAGUGCUCUCAGUUAUCUUGAGACCAAACGGCUAGUUCAUGGAAAUGUCUGUGCAAAGAACAUUCUGGUGGCAAGGCGAGGUCUGGAACAUGGUACUACUCCAUUUGUUAAACUGAGUGACCCAGGAAUUGCCUUGAGCAUCCUUUCACGGGAAGAGCGUCUUGAGCGCAUCCCUUGGAUUGCCCCUGAGUGUAUUGACAAAGGCACACCCGUUGGCAGUGCUGCUGACCAGUGGAGCUUUGGCGCCACGCUACUUGAAAUCUGCAACAACGGUGAUCUUCCCAUGAGUGGCAGCACAUUGUCUGAGAAAGAGCGCUUUUAUCAGCAAAAGGGCCGCUUAGCUGAGCCAUCCUCCCAGGAGCUGGCCAGCUUCAUCAGCAUGUGUCUGACCUACGAGCCCGUUGAGAGGCCUUCGUUCCGCACUGUGCUCAGAGAGCUCACAGAACUCAUGAUAAAAAAUCCUGAUAUAUCUCCCAGUGAAACUCUCUCUGACACGGACCCUAGCGUGUUUCAUAAACGCUACCUGAAAAAGAUGCGGGACUUGGGAGAGGGUCACUUUGGAAAGGUGACUCUCUACCUGUAUGACCCAGCCAACGAUGGGACAGGAGAGCGUGUGGCAGUGAAGGCUUUGAAACAAGAGGAUGGUCAUGUGCCUGAUGGCUGGAUGAAGGAGAUAGAGAUCCUGAAGUCCCUUUAUCACAGCAACAUUGUCAAGUACAAGGGCUGUUGCACUGAACUGGGAGGACAUGUGGUGCAGCUAAUAAUGGAGUACCUUCCUCUGGGGAGUCUGCGAGAGUACCUACCCAAACGUAAACUAGGUGUGCCCCAGUGCCUUAUGUUUGCUCAGCAGAUCUGUCAGGGGAUGGAGUACUUGCACUCUAAACGAUACAUCCAUCGAGAUUUAGCUGCCCGUAAUGUCUUGGUGGAAAAUGACAAUCUUGUAAAGAUUGGAGACUUUGGCCUGACAAAAUACAUCCCUGAAGGUGAGAUUUACUAUCGUGUCCGUGAGGAUGGGGACAGCCCAGUGUUCUGGUAUGCCAUUGAAUGUUUGAAGGAGAGUAAAUUUUCCUUUUCAUCUGAUAUUUGGUCCUUUGGUGUAACUCUGUAUGAGAUCCUGACCCGCUGCGACCAUUGCCAAAGCCCUCCAGCAAAGUUCUUUGAAAUGAUGGAGGGAUCCCAGGGACAGAUGACUGUGAUGAUACUCAUAAAACUGUUGGAGAAACAGAUGCGAUUACCCUGUCCCAAAGACUGCCCACAUGAGGUAAAGAUUUUGAUGCAGCAGUGUUGGGCUGCAGAACCUGCACAACGGCCAUCCUUCAGAAUCCUCAUUGAAAAUUUUGAGGCAAUUCGCAGAACGUAUGACUUGCAGUCAAACAUAAACUUUUCCCUGGCUCAGAUUUGCUGAUCAGGAUUCAGUGAAGAUCUGCUUGUCUACAUCUUAUCACAUUGCCACUACUGUGACUAUAUACUGUAUGUUCUGCUGUGCAAUGUUUGCUCCCUCCAUUUAGAUAGAUGUCCGUAUAGGCUUCCUUUGGCUAAAAGCAGAGAGAUAUUUUAUUGUGUGAUAUUAACACAUUGACAACCUUGGUCAGUGUGUAUGUGUAUGUGUAUGUGUAUGUGUAUGUGUAUGUGUAUGUGUGUGUGUGUGUUUGGUUUUCCCUCACUGAUCAUUUGAACGUCAUAGGCACAUUUGAUGGCUUGGGCAGUCAGCCACCAUUUGUCUUUCAAAGUUUUAGGCAUGCUUAUAACACAGUACGUAUUAACAUUUGUUGUAAAUUUUUCAGUGUAUGCAAACAUUACAUUUUAUAUUGUAAAUAGCAGAACAACAAAUUAAAAAUCUAAUAAACAA